AUGUCUAAUACAACUGAUGAAAAACAAGAAACUAGUUUUGAUAAAACUUUUUAUUCACAUGUUUUCAAAGACACCAAUAGAUUAAAAAAAAAUGCCUUUUUAAGAUUAGAAGAUAAAGAUCAAGAAAUAUUUUUAAAUUUAUCAGAUCUUUAUAGUAAACAUCUUAUUAAUGUUUAUAAUGAAAAUAUUCCUGUGGAAGGAUCUAAUGAAUAUAAUUUAAAAAAAGAUUUUUAUGAUAGUAUAAAAAAGAAAUGUUUUGAUAGAGCUGAUAUUAGAAAUUUUGAAAAUGCAAGAAAAGAAUAUGAAGAAAAACAAAGAUUUGUUAAAAUAGAAACAGAGAAUCAAGAAAUAAAACAAGCAAAUGAGGAAAUGAAAAGUAAUUAUUUAGAUCAACAAAAAGAAAAUGAAAAAUUGAAACAAGAACUUGAUGAACAAAAAGAACUUUUAAAACAAAUUAUGGCACAUGAUGAUGAAAAUAAAGAUGCUAUUGAAAAAUAUUUUAAUCUUAAUGAUUCAAAAUUUCUUAGU